CUUCUCGGGAGCUGGAAAGAACCCUGGUUGAGCUGAGGUCAGAUCUACUGUACAAUCUCCCUCUUGGUUGAGCUGGAUCUCAUCUCAAAUUUCCCUCUGCUCGUCCUAACUCUUUCCACUACAUCUCAUCAGCAACCAGCGGGUAAAAUCCCUCUCCUCUCCAAACCACCAGCGAGCCGCCGUCGUCGUCUCCAGUUUCGCUGUCAUCCACGCGGUCGCUUCAAGUCGUCACGCUCACAUCCGCGCGUACCAGUCGCGUCAUCGCGAAAUGGACACCGAGGCGAAGCUGAACAUGAGUCUGGAGGAGCUCGCGCAGUCGUCGCGGCGUUCUCCUGGCGGCGGCCUUAGUUCGCGUCGCGCAGGCCGGCGUCCAUCGCCGUAUUCGCGUGGAGGAGAUUUCGGGUCCCGGAGGGGCGGCAGCGCGACGAUCAUCUGCAACAACUGCAAGAUGCCCGGCCACAUCGCCCGCGAGUGCACCAACCUCGCUGUCUGCAACAACUGCGGCGCCCCUGGCCACAUCGCGUCGGCGUGCACGUCGGAUAUCGUGUGUCGCAACUGCAAGCAGCCGGGGCACAUCGCGUCGGAGUGCACCAACGAGGCCGUCUGCCGUAACUGCGGCAAGCCCGGCCACCUCGCCGUCGGCUGCACCGUCGGCGCCGUGCCCAAGUCCCAGCUGUGCAACAACUGUUUCAAGCCGGGGCACCUGGCGGCUGAGUGCAGCAACGAGAUGGCGUGCAACAACUGCCGCCAGACGGGCCACAAGGCGCGCGAGUGCCCCAACGCGCCCGUCUGCAACGUCUGCGGCAUCUCGGGCCACUUAGCGCGCAACUGCCCCGCUGGUGGCGGCGUCAGCGGCGGCGGCGGCGGUUUCGGUGGCGGCGGCUUUGGUGGCGGCGGUUUCGGCGGCGGCGGUUAUGGUGGUGGCGGGGGAGGAGGAGGCGGAGGCGGAGCAGGGCUGUGCCACACGUGCGGGCUUGCAGGACACUUUGCGCGCAACUGCCCCAACGCGCGUGGCGUUGGCGGGGGAUACGGGGGUGGUGGUGGUGGCGGCGGCGGAGGGGGAGCUGAUCUGUGCCGCAACUGCCGGCAGCCAGGGCACUACGCGCGGGAGUGCCCGGUGGGCGUCAUCUGCCAUGUGUGUGGUGGCAGGGGGCACAUGGCGGCUGCGUGCCCCUCAGACCCUCGUGCGAUGCGCGGUAGAGGUGCUGGCGGGCGCCGCUGACGAGUUAAUUGAUGUUGUGGGCAUGUAUGUGGUUGGGAAUGUGGGGCGAGGCUGGGGCGAGGGGUUGAGCACGAGACUGGGGACUCGGAAGGGGCUUAAGGGACUUACGUUCUAUGCUGCUUUGUGCGCCGUUUGUGGCUGAUCUGAUGGGUUGAGUGAGACUCGGUGCUGCUUUGGAUCUGUGCCUUUUAUGCUUUGUGUUGGCAUAGAGAUUUUCUACUGAAAUGAACAUCAUGACAAUGAUGAUACCAUAAACGCUGGGAUAGAAGACCCCAAUGGAAUAGAAGUUUUAGUGGCUU